UUAGUCCUUAUCUUCGACUCCACGCUCCGCCGAAACCAUGGACCCGGAUUCAACGAAGGACAAAAAGGCCAGCACAUCUCCAACCCAAUUCGCCAAGGACAUGAUGAUCUAACGAUGACGCCCAACAAUCCCCAGCAAUACCCAAGUCCAAGUUGCAGCAACUAAAUAAACAACCUGAUCCCCUCACUCCGUAUGCCACACCGCGCCCCUCGGCGGCCCCAACCUCCUCCUUCCUUCUGCUCCGACCUUCCCCUUUUCCACAUCCCGCUUCGUCCGGCUCGCACCCCGCUGCGCCCAAAUCCACACAUACACCCCCUCCCCAUCCCCAUCGCCAUCCCCAUCCUCCAGCGCCAACAACCCCACCCGUGUCAAAGCCUUCCUCAACGUCUUCACACCCUUCGACGGAGAAUCCGGCCUAUGAUGCGCCGGCCGCGCAAACAAGACCCUCGGCUCGGGACUCCUCCCCUGGAGCUCUCCAUACUGAUGACAUCGUCUCUUGUAAGGAGGUCUCGGCGUAGGCGCCGGAUCUCCCUCCCCCUGAUCCGCAGCGUCACCCGACGGCGGUCUUCCUCUCCUGCCUCCAUUCACCUGCGCGUUCCACAGCCGCAAAUCAGGCCGAUCCUAACACCCCGGGUGCAGCAGCGGCCUCUCGGCAAACGGCUCCCAGCUCAGCAACGCCUUUUGCCCACCCUCGGCCGUCUUCACGAAACCUGGCGUCAGGGACGGGUGCGGAGGUUUCCCACUGCCGAUCCGAUGCGGUUGCGGAUAGACCCAGGGAACGGUGAAUGAAUAUCGCGGAUCCAGGUACCAAUUGUACAGGAGGUUGACGUCCCAAGUAAACGCCUGCUGGGCCUCUUUAUCGCGGGAAUCUCUCUAGAAUUCCUGGAGGCCCUUGUAUUGCUUCUCGUCACCCGCA